UGAUUAGCGGAUCAACUGGAAGACUCGUCAAGAUUAACAUUGCUUUUGGAGCUGGGAAUUUGUGGUGCAAGUGUUGGGAUUUUAUAUUCUUUCUCUUUGCGUUUGUGUUUCAGCAGUGAUUACUCUUUUUGCCAACUGCAUUUGCAUUUCCUAAACCAAUCUGAAGAUUUCCGAAACGAUGUCUUCUGACGAAGACAGAGCCAAGGAGAUUCUGAAAGGUUUUAAAUUAAACUGGAUGAACUUGCGGGAUGCAGAGACGGGGAAGGUGCUGUGGCAGGGGACUGAUGACCUGUCAGUGCCUGGAGUGGAGCACGAAGCUCGUGUCCCUAAGAAGAUCCUGAAGUGUAAAGCCGUGUCCAGAGAGCUGAACUUCUCGUCGGCAGAGAAGCUGGAGAAGUUCCGGCUGGAGCAGAAAGUCUUCUUCAAGGGCCAGUGUUUGGAAGAGUGGUUCUUUGAGUUUGGCUUUGUAAUUCCCAACUCUACAAACACGUGGCAGUCUCUAAUAGAAGCUGCGCCAGAGUCACAGAUGAUGCCGGCCAACGUCUUAACUGGGAACGUUAUCAUAGAGACCAAGUUCUUCGAUGACGAGCUCCACGUCAGCACCUCUCGAGUACGGUUGUUCUACGUCUGAGACCACCCACACACACACACACACACACGUGUCUCUCCCAGCUCUGCCGGCGAGACCAGCAAAAGGUGGAGUAGGUGUGUGACAGGUGGCGCGGAGGUCGUGCACCUGCCCAGGCAGCAGGGGGCAGCACUUUCUCUCCACACCACCCCAGCAGCCUCCGGCCCCCCAAAGACUCGUUGUAAAUAUGAGCACGGUCGCUCACGGCAACCUGACCAUGUAAAUUAUUUAAUUUUUACGUGACUCUCCCCGCCCGUCUCCUUCCUGAUUGACGGCUAUGCUCCGCCCCUCGCUCCCGUGUUUUUCAGACGUUUGCUUCCUGUUGGUGUGGUUGCUGUUGUCAUCGUUGGAUUAUUUUGUUUGUUGACUUGUUCCAUUGUUUUUUUUUUUGUUUUUUUUUAGCUAAACUGUAAAAUAGGUGGUUUUAAAUACUAAAUGUAAUUAUGAAUUAAAAAUUCAUGUACA